GCCCCGAGCGUCUCCCGGGCCGAGCUGCCCUCCAGCGCCCGGGCCCGCGGCGGCCGCACGGACCCUGCGAGCGGGGGCGGCCAUGCAGGAGCCGCUGCUGGGGGCCGAGGGCCCGGACUAUGACACCUUCCCCGAGAAGUCGUCCCCGUCGCCGGGGGAGAGGACGCGGGGCGGGGCCCCACAGAACAGGAGGGUGUUCCUGGCCACCUUUGCCGCGGUGCUGGGCAAUUUCAGCUUCGGGUACGCCCUGGUCUACACGUCCCCUGUCAUCCCGGCCCUGGAGCACUCCUCAGACCCGGACCUGAUCCUGACCAAAACCCAGGCAUCUUGGUUUGGGUCCGUAUUCACCUUGGGUGCAGCGGCUGGAGGCCUCAGUGCCAUGGUCCUCAACGACCUCCUGGGCCGGAAGCUCAGCAUCAUGUUCUCAGCUGUGCCAUCGGCAGCUGGCUACGCGCUCAUGGCAGGUGCCCACGGCUUCUGGAUGCUGCUGCUGGGGAGGACGCUGACAGGAUUUGCUGGGGGUCUCACAGCUGCCUGCAUCCCGGUGUACGUGUCUGAGAUCGCUACCCCAGGUGUUCGUGGGGCUCUGGGGGCCACACCCCAGCUCAUGGCAGUGUUCGGAUCUCUGUCCCUCUACGCCCUUGGCCUCCUGCUGCCGUGGCGCUGGCUGGCCGUGGCGGGGGAAGGGCCAGUGCUUGUCAUGGUCCUGCUGCUCAGCUUCAUGCCCGACUCCCCUCGCUUCCUGCUCUCACGGGGCAGGGACGCGGAGGCGCUGCGGGCGCUGGCCUGGCUCCGUGGGACCGACACGGACAUCCGCUGGGAGUUCGAGCAGAUCCAGGACAACGUCCGCAGACAGAGCACCCACAUGUCAUGGGCUGAGGCCCGGAGCCCCCACAUGUACCGACCCGUCCUCAUCGCCUUGCUCAUGCGCUUCCUGCAACAGCUGAUGGGUAUCACUCCCAUCCUGGUCUACCUGCAGCCCAUCUUCGAAAGCACUGCUGUCCUGCUGCCCCCAAAGGACGAUGCGGCCAUUGUGGGGGCCGUGAGGCUCUUCUCCGUGCUGAUCGCCGCCUUUACCAUGGACCUGGCUGGCCGCAAGGUUCUGCUGUUUGUCUCGGCCACCAUCAUGUUUGCGGCCAACCUGACGCUCGGGCUGUACGUCCACUUCCGUCCAAAGCCUCUGACUCCCAACGGCACCGUGGGCCUCGAGAGCGUGCCCUUGGGGGGCCCAGAGCAGCCACUGGCCACCCCGUCCAGCUACCUCACCCUCGUGCCCCUGGUGGCCACCAUGCUGUUCAUCACCGGAUACGCCAUGGGCUGGGGGCCCAUCACCUGGCUCCUCAUGUCGGAGAUCCUGCCGCUGCAGGCCCGAGGCGUGGCCUCGGGGCUCUGCGUCCUCGUCAGCUGGCUCACCGCCUUCGCUCUCACCAAGUCCUUCCUGCUGGUGGUGAGGAUGCGGCCACGGAGGGCUGUAAUGAGGACAGAGACAUGGGCCAGGAGACAGUGGAGGGCUCCACACAGGGACAUCACCGUUUUCUUCUGAUCUGCUUAGUCAUCAUGGAGCAACUUGAUGCUGGCGAGGAAGAGAGAUCUGCAGUUCUAAAAGCUUGUGGGUGCUACAGGGAACGUUCUGGACUCCCACAGGCCAGGGCCCAAGACCCAGCACAGACACUUCCUCCUGCCCCUACCCAAUAUCUGGAAACGAGGCUUAAGGGCUCCCGUCCGCAAACUGUGUCCACCCUGUUUUCGUCACGGCCAGUCAGACUCUUGGCCUUGGGAGUCACAGGACGGGGUCUCCUGCAGAUGGGGGAGCCCACCCAGCAGCCAGGUUCCGCUAGUCCCAAACCCUCAGCCACAGUUGCCAGGGACUACCGGCCCAAGCAAGGCCCCUCUGUGGGCCGCAGGACGGCUCUGACCCAC